AUGGCUGUUGAAAAAGUCACUAGCGAUGCCCCCGUCGUGGGUGAAAAGAGCGUCGUGAGAGAUGUCGACGAGAGAGCCCCCGAGGCCUUUACCGCCACGGGAGAAGAGUAUGAGCAGGAGGAUUUCAUGACCAGGACGGGUCUGAAUGCAAAGUCGUUUACGAGAAAGCAUUAUGGCCUGGGUCUUGUGGAGCUGGAUCGCAAGAUGAAGCCGAGACAUCUUCAGAUGGUUGCUAUCGGAGGAUCAAUCGGUGCUGGAUUCUUUGUCGGUUCUGGUUCUGCUCUGAGCAAGGGUGGCCCUGCUACUUUGUUCAUCGACUUCUUCCUCGUCGGAGUCAUGGUCUUCAAUGUCGUCUACGCAAUGGGCGAAUUAGCCGUCAUGUAUCCCAUCUCUGGCGGUUUUUACACCUACGCUGCUCGCUUCAUCGACCCUGCCUUUGGCUUCGCAAUGGCCUGGAACUACUGCCUUCAAUGGGCCGCCACGCUUCCUCUGGAACUAACAGUCUGCGCCAUCACCAUCCAGUACUGGGCCCCUGAUUCGAAUCCCGGCAUCUGGAUCGCUGUCUUUCUCAUUGCCAUCAUCAUUCUCAACAUGUUUGGCACAAUGGGCUACGCCGAAGAGGAAUUCUGGGCUGCGUGCUUCAAACUUACGUCGAUUUCCAUCUUCAUGAUCAUCGCACUCGUGCUCGUCUGCGGCGGAGGACCUUCAAGCGGUAGUUACAGCACAUACCAGGGAUUUAAGCUCUGGGAGGACCCAGGCGCUUUCAAAAACGGUUUCAAAGGAUUUUGCUCUGUUUUUGUUACUGCGGCGUUUUCUUUUGCCGGCUCCGAACUCGUUGGUCUCGCUGCAGCUGAAUCUCGAAACCCGACAGAGUCCGUCCCCAAAGCGAUCAAGCAGGUGUUUUGGCGAAUCUGCUUGUUCUACAUUGUUGCGUUGCUAUUCGUUGGUAUGCUGGUCAGCUGCAACGACGAGAACCUCCUGAGCUCCAGCUCCUACUCCAACAGCGCCGCCUCACCUUUCGUCCUCGUUGGAAAAUACUCUGGCCUCAAGGGUCUCGAUCACUACAUGAACGCCGUCAUCCUUUCAUCCGUCUUGUCUCUCGGUAUCGCCUCUGUGUACGGCGGAUCGCGCACGCUUCUUGCUCUUGCGCAGCAGGGUUUUGCGCCUAAGAUCUUUACAUGGGUUGAUCGCGCGGGUCGACCUUUGCCAUCUGUUGGAUUCAUCAUUGCUUUUGGAUGUCUUGCUUUCCUGAACCUUGACGCGGCUGGCCCUGUUAUUUUUGACUGGCUUUUGGCUUUGUCUGGUUUGGCUAUGCUUGUUUGCUGGGGCUCUAUCUGUCUUGCGCACAUCAGAUUCAGAGCUGCGUGGAAGUACAAUGGACACACCCUUGACGAAAUCCCUUUCAAGGCUAUCGGUGGCGUCUACGGAUCCUGGAUUGGUUUGAUUUUCGUUGUUGUUAUUCUCAUUGCCCAGUUUUACGUCGCUAUUGUUGCUCCAGUAGGCGAGUCGGGUAUGGGAACAGUUGAAGAUUUCUUCAUGCAGUACCUUGGACUGCCCAUUGUUUUGGCGUUCUGGGCCGGUGGCGUUAUCUGGAAGCGAACGAGCUGGAUCAGCAUCGACAAGAUUGACAUCGACACGGGACGACGUGAACACGACUGGAAUUCCAUCAACGCUUGGCGAGCUGAGCUUGCUACGUUCCCUUGGUGGAAGCGAUUGAUGUAUACACUGUUUUAG